AUGAGCUCAACUAUUAAAUAUCUUGUUGCAAGAGAGAUCUUGGACAGUCGUGGUAAUCCAACCGUUGAGGUAGAUCUCUACACUGACCUCGGUAUGUUCCGUGGUGCCGUUCCAUCUGGUGCCUCUACCGGUGCAUACGAAGCCGUCGAACUACGUGAUGGUGACAAGAGACGUUACCUCGGUAAGGGUGUCACCAAAGCCUUGGACAACAUUAGAACCAUCAUUGAGCCAGCUAUCAUCGGAAAGGAAGUCACUGACCAAGCCGGUAUCGACAACUUGAUGAUCCGUAUGGAUAAAACCGAUAACAAAGCCAAGCUUGGUGCCAACGCUAUCCUCGCUGUCAGUAUGGCUGUCUGCCGUGCUGGUGCCGCCGCCAAGAAGGUCCCACUCUACAAAUAUAUCGCACAAUUGGCCGGUCGUUCCGACACUGAGUUUAUCGUGCCAGUUCCAGCAUUCAAUGUCAUCAACGGUGGUAGUCAUGCCGGUAACCGUUUGGCCAUGCAAGAGUUUAUGAUUCUCCCAGUUGGUGCUCCAAACUUCAAGGAGGCUCUCCGUUAUGGUGCUGAGGUCUACCACGAACUAAAGAACGUCAUCAAGGACAAGUUUGGUCAAGAUGCCAUCAAUGUUGGUGAUGAGGGUGGUUUCGCUCCACCAAUUCUCUCCAACAAGGAGGGUCUAGAUUUGUUGGUCUCUGCCAUCGAGCGUGCUGGUUACAAGGGUGACGUCAAGAUCGGUAUGGAUUGUGCUGCCUCUGAGUUCUUAACCCCAAAGGGAUACGAUCUCGAUUUCAAGACAAAGAAUAACGACGGUUCUCAAGUCCUCUCUGGAGAGAAACUUGGUGAUUUGUACAAAGAUUUCAUUCAAAAUUAUCCAAUCGUUUCAAUUGAAGAUCCAUUUGAUCAAGAUGAUUGGGAAUCAUAUGCCAAGUUGACUGCUUCAACUCACGUCCAAAUUGUUGGUGACGAUUUAUUGGUUACCAAUCCAAAGAGAAUUCAAGAAGGUAUUGAAAAGAAGGCUUGUAAUGCUCUCUUGUUAAAGGUUAACCAAAUCGGUACAGUCACUGAAAGUAUCCAAGCCUGCAAUCUUGCAAGAUCUGCUGGUUGGGGUGUCAUGGUUUCUCACAGAUCUGGUGAGACUGAGGAUACUUUCAUUGCUGACCUCGUCGUUGGUUUGGGUACCGGUCAAAUCAAGACUGGUGCUCCGUGCAGAAGUGAGAGACUUGCCAAGUACAACCAAAUUUUGAGAAUUGAAGAGGAAAUCGUUAAAAACUCCAAGUUUGCUGGUGAAGAUUUCAGAAACCCAAAAUAA